AUGCCAAGGAAACCUCGGUACACCAUUAGUAAUGCAACCGGAGUUGUAGCUGGCCCUAAUAGUCAAACCCACGCUACUCCACAAACGGAUGGAACGCAUGAUACGGGGGAAGAAACUUCGAGUGCACAACGACGUGCAAGAGCCCCUCCACCUCCGCGUUCCGGCAACGGUGCUCGACAAUCCCGUGUUAAUGCUGUACCCUUUCGACCACCUCGCAAUGAAACACGGAUGGCUUCGUCAAGUGACGUUGGGGACACUCGAGCUCCUGCGACAAAUAGAAAGCAUCCACCGGAUUCACAUGAAGGUGUAGAUGACCAUUCAGAAGAUGAAGACUAUAACCCGGAGGCGGAUGAGAUCGAGUCAUUCGAUGACCAUCUAGACAACAUGUUUGCCGCACAUGAAGUUGAACAUCAAGUCAAUGUAAACCGCAAAAAAAAGGACACUAAUUAUUGGGUUGUUGAUGUCAUAGAAAAUGGUGUGAUCUCUUCUAUGGAGCUGACUGUUAAGGAGGCAUUAGCACUUCCUCCUGGAAAGAAGAUUAGUUGGAAGACAAUGAGUAAGGCUUCCAAGGAGCAUGCGUAUGACCAGGUUAAGCGAGUCUUCCACUAUGAGGACGAUAAAAGAGGGUGGAUAAAGCGGGAAAUUUUACAAAGAAUAGGAAACUGCUGGAGGAAUUCAAGAAAUCAUUUGUUCCAUAAGGUUUAUGACGAAGAACUAACUUUUGAGGAAAAUAUCAAGCGUAAGCCAGUAGGAAUAGAGGCAAAUCAUUGGAAAAAGUUUCUUCAAUAUCGAUUGGACGAUGACACGCAGGAGAAGUGUAGAAAAAAUGCCGUUAAUCGUUCAAAGCAACAAUACACACAUACCGGAGGUUCUAAAACGAUGGCAAGAAAGAGACACGAAGAAGAGCAACGACUGGGAAGGCCUAUUGGGAGAGGAGAGGGAUGGACCAUGAGUCAUAAAAAAAAGAAUGGAAAGUAUAUGAAUGAAGAAGCGCGUUUGGUUGGGGAAGCAAUUGAAUUUGUUGAGAGCCAAGACCCCUCUAGCAAGGAAUUUUCACAGAAUGAUUCCCUUGCACAAGUGCUUGGAAAGGAGCACCCAGGAAGAGUUCGUGGACUUGGUAUUGGUACAUGUCCGAGUCGGUGUUUUCGUAAUAUUCCAGAGCAGUCGGACUACGGUGUACAGAUUGAGGAGUAUCAAAUGGAGAUUGUGAAACUCAAGGCAGAAGCAGCAGAACUCAAGGCGGAGGCAGCAGAACUCAAGGCAGCAGCAGCAGAGGAAAAGACAAAGAGACAGAGAAUGGAGGCAGAGGCAGCAGAGGAAAAGGCAAAGAGACAGAUAAUGGAGACAGAGGCAGCUGAAGGGAAGGCAAAAAUACAGACAAUGGGAGAUUUGUUGACAUACGUAAUCCAGCAACAAGGAGGUCAUUUGCCACCUGAAAUAGCUGCGGAUUUGGAUUCUUUGAGAAGUGCACCAACCUCAUCCCAUGCAAGAUGA